GAGAAUUGAAGAAUUGUGGUAGAAAUUUUGUUAUUUUUUGUGUGAUGCGCUGUUUUAUGAAAAAUUAGUUGGAAUUUGUUGAAAUUAUCAACCUAAAAAUAUCACAAAUAGUUGAAUAAAUAUGUUGUGCAUUGUAUAAAAUAGAAAAGAAUAUCUGGAUGUUGGAUUUUAGUUGGUAAUUUAAAGUUUUUCAUGGUCGAUGUUGAAGCCUAGAAGAAUUUGCCAGUGAGAAAUUUUUUCUGAGGAAGGCAACGAAAAGACAACGAGUGAGCGUGUGAGUGAGUAGAUCAAAGUAGAGCUCAGUGGCGUCGUGCGAAGCAGCGCGCGUUGGGUCGCUGACAGUGGCAGAGUGGCAAAAGUAGCAGAAUAGCAGAAGAAAAUUAGUUUUGAAAAUAAUAAUAAUAAAAACAGUGAGGAAGGUGUGGAUACACGAGUGUACGGGUGUGUGUGUGUGUCUACGUGCAAAAGUAGUUGAACUCUUUGUGCGGGAGCGCGGUGGUAGUGGAUAACGUAAACGGCACGAAAGAUGGCGUCGUCGAUGAUAGCUGCAGCGGCUGCGGCGUCGACAUCGGCGUCAUCAGCUGCAUCGGCCGAACUAAAAAGAGAAGAAGAUGGUUGCACCGAGGAAGGAGAGGAGGAAGCUCUUAACUCUUCUUUACACUCCUGUGCCAAUGAUCCGGAUUUCGCGGUGAUCUGUGCAUUUCUGCAGAAAUUCUCCAAAGAUUUGGGCAUUACAAUACCGAAUUUUAAGCAUUUGCAAGAAUGGCUAACAAACACAGAUGAAGUUUCCGUUAACUUGCGUGACCUGCACAUCAAACUUUUGCGUAAAACCCGAAAAACGGUGCACGAGAAGAGCUGGGAGUCUGCGUUGAGCAAAUUCUGUUUCACAUACUCUGCGCAGGAUGCGUGGGAGAUAGAACGCUUCGGUUAUAAAAAGUCUAGCUUAAAAGUAAAACUACGUAUUUUUAGAGAGCUGUUGGAAAGCCAGUUUCAGCGCAACGGCAAGUUUCGCGCUCAAAUACUUACUAUGAGUGCCGAUUCAUUACGUUCGCAACCCAUUGGCCGUGAUCGCCUUGGUCAUGCCUAUUACUUCACACAGGAUGCCGACUGUAAUUUACGCAUCUAUCAGGAACAUCUGGAUGAGGAGAUUUGGCAAGUAGUCGCCACAACACGAGAAGAACUAGUUAACCUUAUAUCGCGUUUGCGGGGCAACGAGGUGGUGCUCCCCUCUACCGACAUUGGCGUGGACGAAGACACCAGCAGUAGUAACAGCUGCACAGCUCAGGUGGAAAAACCGCCGCCACCAGAAGAACAAGAUGACUCCCAAGAGGAAGAAGCACGUAUACCAAAUUUACGUAUAAAGUUGUCCAAUAAUGGCAAGUUGGCAGUGUCUUCGCCAACCACCAUGGUGACGGGAGCAACAAAACGUUGUUUGGAUGAUGUAGACAAAAGUUCGCCACGUAGUGAAGAAUUAAAUAUGAUAAAGAAAGCGCGUCCAUCGCUAUUGGACGUCAACCGCGCCAAAAAACCGAGCAGAUAUGAGAAAACAAGAUCCGAGGAGGAAGAAGAGGACGAGGACGAUGAAGAUGAUGAGGAUGAUGAGGAAUUGUCCAUAGAAGAAGAGGAUAUAGAUAGCGCAGCGGCGGAAGAGGAUGAAAACGAAGAGAAAGAAAUUGAAGACUCCGAUGGUGACUAUGACAGUAAAAAUGAAGUGGGUGAAGAGAUUGAGGAGCCGCUGCUUAUGGUACGCGGGGAGGGAAGUGGCAAAGACUGCGAAGGAGGACACAAUAUCGAGUUUUUUGCCAAUUGCGAUUUAUUUGGUGAUGUCUACGAUGACACGUAUGCAGAAUCUAUUGUAGAGGAAGCUAUAGAAGAGGAGACACUCUACAUUUACGGCGAAGGAAAUGGCGCAGAAUGUUUAGUGGGAAAUGGCAAAAACGAUGAGGAAUCAUCAACCACAACAGCCGCAGCAACGACGCCAACCAAAGCAGCCGAACCGAAAGCGACUUUUUUCUUCGGUGAGCCAGGUUGCCUUAAACUUAGCCCCAUAAAACAACCGCCGAAAGACGAAGGAAAGGAGUUGGAAGGUGGGAGCGACGAUGGCAGUGCCAAUGAGAACGAAUCGGUAAAAAAUGAAAUUAGUAAAGAUCUGGCAACUGAGAAAGUGGAAGAAUGUGCUGAGGGUGAUAAAGCCGGUGGGGAAAUUGUGAAUACAAUUAAUGAGCAGGAAAACAAUAAAGAAGUAGAUACACCGAUUGAUGACAAAAUAUUAAAAGAGGAUCAGGCUCCUAAUAUUAAUGAUGCUUCAAUGAAAGUGACUGCUAAUGGUGAUGGCUUCGAGUGCGAUAAGAAUAUGUCACAAAAAACCGAAAAAGAGCAGAUCAAAUGUGAUGGGAUAGCAAGUGAAGAAAAGCAGAAUAACCGCACCACUGAUGUUGAUAUCGAGGCCGAAAAAAAUGUAUCAAAUAAGGAAGAUAUUGCAGAACAAAAUGUACGCGAAAACAAAAAUGAGUGUAAUGAAACGCCUGCAAAGGAAAACGACGUUACAGACGAGCCGUUGAAGGAAAGCGUUAGUGAAGCGGUUGAAGUAGACAAUUCAAACGGAAAAAAUUUGGAGGAAAACGUGGAGAAAGUAGAGGAAACUGAGGCCAAAUCAACAGAAAACCCAAGCAACUACGUGAAUGCAGAGAAAUCUAGCGACAAAGAGGCCGAAACAGGCAAGGCUGCUGCUGAGGUCGAAGUAGAAGAUAUCAAAGAAACAGAGAUCCGCAGUAACAAAACUGAGAAUGAUACCCAAGCGUUAGUGUCCAUCCGCAGUGUAAAAGAAAAUGAUGUACAAACCACAGAUAAAUCCGCUGAUGCAGAGAAGACAAAUGUCGACGCAGAUAAGUUGACUCUGGCCACGUCGGAUACUGCAGUAUUAACCGAGAACACGAAUUGCAAAACUCCAGCCGCCGCUAAUAGUGAGCCAUGCAAUAAUGAACUGAUAGAACCACUGACAGCGGCGCCAGCGAAAAGUAUCGAUGUUCCUGAAGAACAAAAAUCUCCUCCAAAAAAUACUGAUCGCAUAGAACCAAAAUCUGAGUGUAACAAUGUAAAACCUUCCACUCCGACAGCUGCACAGACGACUGCAAAUGCUGCUGAUUCUGUAGCCGCAACUGCCGCCGCUUCCCACAACGUAAGCAAUCGAAAACGUCGCCUUGAAGACAUGCCAGCGCCUACCUUGCAUCGCCUAUCCACAUCAGAGAGUGAAGUAGAUAUACCCUCGGAGCAAAAUGAAGAACUUGCGACAGAAGCUGAUCUUGAUCCGUCUGAUGUUGGUGGUAAGCGCCUGAAAAUGCGUCCCAAGGUAACAAACACCGAUCUGCGUAAGAAAGUCGAGGCACAGAAAGGCCGCGUAGAGGAAAUAACAUCGUCAAGUGGCGAAGAGGAUGCGCGUCGUAGGCGAAAAAUAAUUCAGCCGCGUAGGCAAAUCGAACGAUGUGUGAAAAAUCUCAAAGUGGCACAUGAAGCGGCUGCUAAGCGAGAGAACAGUCAAAUGCAAGCGGCAGCGAAAGACGUCGAAAGUGUUGUGCCGUUGGUUGAGGAGAAGAUUAAGCCACUUAAUUUGACAAGCCCCACAACAUUAGCAUUUCCAGCGUUCCCAGCACCCACAGCUGCGCCAUUUGUGAGCACAGCUCCCAAAUUGCCGACGCCUGUAAUGAAAAUGGCGCCACCACCGGCACCACAACCACCAGAGCGGCCAUGGCAGGCAACACCUACAAUUCGCCAGAAGCCAACACUUGCCGAAAUCAUUGAAAAGAAAUUGAAAAAGACAAACGAGAAAGCGCCGGUCGCAGCGGUUGCACUGGCAGCGCCCGCGUCUGCUGCUGCGGCACCCAUAACAACUGCUGUUACAACAGCAGCGCCUAUCGCCACCGAUACGAGCACCACGAAUACCGUGGCCACAUUUUCGCCACCAAAAAAGUCACCAAUUACCAAACCACUUAAAAAGAACUUACUGACGCAAAUACGGCAAGAAGAAAGUGACGAGGAUUCUAUACCGCGGAAGCGUACAAUCAGCGAUGCAGCCACCUCCGCUGUCGCGCUAGAUAUGGUUAAGAAGUUGGAAAAAUGUGGCAGUGGUGAGGCCAAGGAUAAGACACCGGAGCGUAAAAUGCCGGAACGUAAGGUGAUCGAGCCAAAAACUACAGAACGCCAAAGCGCAGUACGUAAAACACCGGAGCGUCAUCAACCAGACCGCCAGCGUAAGCGACGUAGCAGCGAGGAGGUGAAGCCGACAGGUUUGCUCGAAUCCGAAAGUAAUAAGGAAAUGAAAUACGAGGCGUUGGCAGAACAAGAUGCGAAAGAAGAGGUAGCUAUCAAAAGAGAGAGGAGUCCAUCACCUGCAGAAACGGCGAGUGCCAUGUCUGAGGCGGUGAAUACCAUACCUGAAGCGGCGGUCGUCGGGCGGCGAUCCAGCAGACGCAGUGCUGCAGCUGUAAUUUAUUCUGAAUUGCCGCAGCCGAAGCGCACCAGGGCGGGCGCAAAGGCAACGGUAACGCCAACGGCAAGCGUUACACAUAAAAAAUCAAACGUAAAAGAGGUUAAAGCAAGUGACGCCACAAAUGAAGUGCGCAAGGCUGUUGAAGGCGUGAUGGCGGUUGACAGUAAAACAGCGCCUAUUGUCAAGGAAGUGAGCAAGGAGGUGAGUAAGGAAGUGAAGAAGCAUAAGCAAACGCCAAAAGCUUCGAAGGCCAACAAGAAGGAUGCGAAGAAAGGUACCGCAAGCAUCGUCAAAGAAGAGCCGAAAACCAAAUCUGAAAGUAAAAUAGCCGAGACUUCCGCGCCUAGUGUGAAGAGCGCGCACUCCACAAUAAGUAAAAUAGCGGAGACUUCCGCGCCUAGUGCAAAGAGCGCGCACACCGCAGUAACUGCCGCCGCUCCCGCAACGCCAAUUAUUACACCAGUCAAGAGUUCUGUCUCUCCCACUAAAACUACAACACCGGAGAAGAAUGCGACUGAUAGUGCCUCCAACUCUGCACGCGGUCGUGGAGCGCGCAAGCAGCGCGAAGUUGACACAACCAAUAUUAUUGAAACUAUAGAUUCUGAGACUCCUGUACGUCAAUCGCGUCGUAUCGCUCAACAGAAAAUACGCGAAGAGGCUGAGCGACGCAAGCUCGAGGAGAUUGCGCUGCGCACGAUGAAGCAGGAGUUGAAGAAGAAAAAGAAAGCUGAAAAACAGUCGGAUCCCACUGUGGUGGCGCCUUCGGAGCCGUCAUCGUCCUCGGAGGAGAGUGAGGUGGAAUUGAAGAAGAAAGCGAAGAAAAAAUGUCCUGGUAAAGAUGGCUGGUCUUCGGGAUCUGAAGAGCAAGAAGAGCCGGAAGAAGAUGAUGAGCCGCCACAUGAGGAAAGCGAUCCCGGUUCGCCGCUUUUCCGUUCGGAUCAUGAGUUCUCGCCUGAAUCCGACUUGGAAGAUGAAACGCAGGUGGUGCCAAUGAAGCGCGCGCGCACUGCACGCAAAGAAGACGCAGAAGAGGGCGAUGAUCGUGAUGAGGAAGCGUGUCAAAAGUGUGGCAAAUCUGAUCAUCCUGAGUGGAUAUUAUUGUGUGAUAACUGCGACAAGGGCUAUCACUGUUCCUGUCUGUCGCCUGUGCUCUUUUACAUACCCGAAGGCGAUUGGUAUUGUCCGCCAUGUCAACAGGAGCAACUGAUUGCCGCCUUGGAAAAGCAGCUGAAAAAUUUCGACGAAUUUGUUGAGCUAAAGCGCGCACAGGAAGAAGAGAAUAAACGUCUGGCUGCCGAGGCUGAACGUGCUGAGCAGGAGCGUUUAGAGAAUGAGAAGAAACAGCAAAAGGAGCUGAAAGAGCGUAAAAAGCAUAAGAAAAAGAAUAAACGUCGUGGCGAAAAUGGUAAGGAAGGCGAAGUGGAGGGUGAGAGCGGCACAAGUGGCAGUUCGGAUGGUGGUGAGAGCGAAGAACGGAGCAAAAAGCGUGGCGCAAGUCAAAGUGACGAUGACAGCGACGACGAUAAACCGUUGGUGAAGAAGGGUUCAGGUAAUCGCAAGUCUCGAACGGAGAACUAUCGCGACAGUCAUAAGCGUAGACGUGGCGAUGGGCGUAGUCGCCGGCGAGCUGCAGCACGCGGUAUUGCCAGUCGGCGUCGCCAACGAAAUGACUCGGAUAGUGGAACCGGCAGUGGGUCGGCACAUAGAUCUGGCAGCGAUAGCAGAGGAUCGCGCAGCGGUUCGAGCUCCUCGUCGUCAUCAUCACCAACCGACAGCGAUGACGAGCCGAUUUACAAAUUGCGUAAACGCCGUCAAAUCAAUGUCAGCUACCGGCUAAAUGAAUACGAUGACCUUAUCAAUUCAGCGCUUAAGAAAGAAAUGGACGAGCUGGCGGGUGCAGGCAAUUUGGGCCGCGGCAAAGAUAUUUCGACCAUCAUAGAGGCGGACAAGGAGGAAAAAGCACGACAGCGGCAACUGGAAAAUGAUGCAGGAGAGAAAGCAGAUGAUACGAAGCCGGUAAAGACCGAGGAUUUAGAAGCGGAGAAAGAGACGUUGCAAAAUGAAGAUAGCAAAGCGAAGACAGCAGAUGAAGCUGAAGACUCUGAUGAAGUGCUCAAACGCAGGGCGAAGCCAAAGAUGAAUCCGAAGAAGAAGUCGCGUAAAUUGACUACAUUGGACAUUAGCUCUGAAGAGGACAACGCGUCGGACGAAGAUUUUAAGACGUCAUCAUUUGACGAUGACGAAGAAGAAGACACAUCUGUAUCUGUGUCCACUGAUAGCGAUUCGAGCCUAGAAGUAUUUCGUAGACGUGGCAAGAAAAAUAAAAAGCAGCGUAAAGCUGCUCGACGCGCUAUACGCGAGCGUCGCAAAGAUCGUCGCUUUGUUGUGAACGAAAGUGAUGAUGACGAAGAGGAGGAAGACCGUCCGAAGUCGAAGAAGAAGCGAAGUGAUGAUUGGGACUAUAGUGAAUCAGAGACGGACUCAGAGGCUUCCGAAAAUCUCGAAGACGUCGAUAGCGCUGACUUGUGCGAUGAUACGACAAGUGAAUCCGAUGGCGCCUGGUAUCCGUCUAAACGUAAGAAGCAACGCAAAGCUGGCACCACUUCGGGUGUUGCACGCAAAUCGCCGAAAUUGAAGAAACAACCUUUGAAAAAGGUAAAACGUGUAGAGUAUUCUGAUGAUGAUGUCAGUGAGAGUGAAGAAGAGGAGGAGGACGAUGAUGAUGACAUCACUGGUGGCAAGGGUUCAGGUAAACAGCCACGCUCACAGCCACUCAAGUCUAGCAACUCGUCUAAAGGUAAGGGUAAGGGUAAGGGUAAAGGAAAAACGACAGCUUCAAAGAAGAAGAAAAAGCAAUCGGAAGAUGAAGACAGUUUGUCGGGCAGCGAAGACAGCACCCGGCGCACACGUGGGCGGCGCUAUGCCUAUUUAGAGGACUUCGACGAUGAGAGUUCUGAUGGCGGCAUAAAACCUGGCGUCAAACGACCAGAUACACCACCUGAGGAGCGUCAAAAAUUCAUACAGAGACAAGAGGAAAUUAAACGGAUGUUGGCCGAGAAGAAUGCGGAGGGCGCCAAGUUGGCUGCUACCCCGCGCCUUACACCGAUCAAAGCAGAUGGUGACAAAGAUAAACGUUCGCCAACAAAAUUGAGCGAUUCUUUGUCAACAGUGCCGCUGUCGGUAAUACGUCAGGCAAAGGUGUUGGAUGCUGAUUAUCUGCAACGUAAAGGUGAAAGUGUAGGCGAUUCGGAUAAUGUGGAUGAGGUGGACGAAUUCGACGAUGCUGACUUACCAGAUGACUUCCCAGAAGAUAUGGAUGAGGAUACCAUUGCACGCAUGGUCGAGGAGGAGGAAGAGUUGAGCGCAGCCGCUGCCGCGCGUGAUUUGCCACCACCAGACGAAGUACUGCGUACACCAACAAAACCAGCAAGCAAACCCAAAGAAGCGCCAGUUGCACCACCAGCGCCGGCACCUGCUGCUCUUCCCGCAUCCAUCGCCAAUCUUACAACAAAUACUUCCACAGUUGUUGUCAGCGCUGCUGCAGUAGAGAAGACUUCACUGAUAAACCCCUCAUUGGCUGCGUUAUCGCAGAUGCCAGGCGCCAGUACGGUCGCCGGUCCGCACCACAUGCCGUCGAUGUCGUCAGGCCUUCAGGAGCCAAUGCGCAAACGCUUGCCAAUGCCAACGCUGCAUCCACCAUUGCUGCGUCAUCAAUUUCCACCACACACCGCGAGCAUGCCACUUGCUCAUCUGCUACAACGUCAUCCCUCUGCGCCACCACCCACACACCUGCUACAGAGUGCGCUCAACGCGCCGCUCGGUCAACCUUUGAACCGUAACAGCUUUCCACCACAACAUUUGCCGCGCCUACCAGCGGGUAUGACAGUUGAACAGAUGUUGGCAGCGCAACAUCUCAUGUCCGCGGCUGCGCGCCACAAUCUGCCACCCACAACACAACCUUUGCCUGGCGCAUCUGCCACACGCGAUGCAAUUGCAAGCAUUGGCGGAGGGGGCAGUGCGAGUGGUGUUAGCGGUAACAAUGGAGCCGGUGGUGCUACAGCUGGCGGCGCAAAUAAAGCAGAGUCCGAACCUAAACCGCGUGGUAGGCGGAAAAAGAUUACACCCUUGCGCGAUUCCUUGCAGAAACAGCAAACAGCCGCCGCUGUCACUGCGGCAACAACACAAUCAGACAAAGCAGCUGAGCCACCUUCCAGCAAUGGCGGAGGUGGGGGCGUGAUAAAGUCAGCAGUUUCAGCUUUGGCAAAUGCGCCACCACCACAACUCUACAAACAGCGCGAGAGUGCUGCUGGACCCAGCGCAAGUUCGGUGGCAGUAUCGCAAGCAUCUGUAAUAACGCGCAUGCCGCAGCUGCCACCGGCCGCCGCACAUGCCAGCGUUGUCAGAGCCAUGAGCAACUUAUAUCCGGGUGCGGAUGUUGCACGUUUCUUUGCGCCACCAACGUCACUUGCCGCAGUGUCUGGCGGUCGGCCAACGCCUUCAAUGCAACGUCACCGUGAUGCCCCUGGCAUGCCGGGACUACCACCGCCUAGUAUGCGCCAAAGCUAUGGACCACCACCGCCACUGCGCGGCAGUGCGGCAUCGUUAAGCAAUCAUGGCCAACCACCGCAAGCAGGUGCAGGGGAGCGCCCAACAUAUCCAGCACCGGGUGAGCAUCAUGUGCCUAGCGGCAUGGGUGCCAGUAUGUAUGGGGGGCCUCCACCACCAGCACGUCAUUCGACAUCACAUUUGAAUCCAUAUCGGCCACCUAUAUACGGCAAUCCUAAUUUUGUGCCACGCGGACCACCUGUGCCGAAUUUACGCGUUCCCGUAAGCGGCGGACCGGAGUUCUCGAGUGGCCCACGUACUUAUUCACCAUACGGAUAUUAUCCACCACCACCACCAUUGACCACACCCCACGUAUCGCCACUUCAGCGGCCGCCCACAUCCACAACAGCAGCAGCUACAUCGCGCGGUGUGGCCGUACCAUCAACAGCAGCAGUGACUGUUUCAGCACCGGCAGCCACUUCCUCCGGGGCGGCAGUUACAUCAGCAACAACAGUACCAGCAAGCACUUCAGCAGUGGCUCACACAAAAGCGAUUACAACAACCGCAACAGCAACCGUUGCCAAACCCAGCUCGGUUAUUGUAUCAGCACCGCCAUCAAAUGCUAGCGCAAACCCGAACGUGAAUGCCACGCGCAAUGUUCUACCAAAGGCGCCAAUUCCAAUUCCAACACCAGCAAUAACACAAACACCAACAGUAACAGCAGCUUCCACAGCCGCCUCAACCCCGCUACCGCCGUUACCAAGUCGUGCAAUAGUUACCGAGGCGGUGGUGACAGCCGCACCAGUCCCUACGAUAGUCAGCAACAAAGCAGCCGUAGUGACUGUGAGUGUUGUGAGCGAGCCACAACCGCCCAGAAAGAAACUCACCACACUGGAAACAUAUGCUGUGGCACAAACCAAAUCACCAUUGGCUAUAGCCGGAGAGUCGUCGGGUUCGCGCAGCUCACCGGGUGGCUUACAAGCGGAUGGUGCCGAUGAUUCUUCGUCAGCGCACGGCGCAUCCUCAUCAGCAGCGGCAGCUGGCAGCGGCGAGGGACAGGCGAGCGAAUUUAGUGGGCUGGUCAGUUACUUUAGCUCGCAACACGAUGACUAUAACACAUAACAACACACGCGAACAAAAACUAAUACAUUGUUGCGUAGCUUUUAAACGCAGCAGCAGCAGCAGCAGCAAAGUGUUGAGGGGGGAAAACACUAACACGCACGUGUUUGUCUGUAGAUAUAAGCUGUGAAUUGGAAACAAAGUAGCAGCAGCACUUAUGGCUGGGAGCCGUUAGCAGUUGUAGGCAAAUAUUUUGUGUAUUCGAAUAUAUAUCUAUAAUAUACAUACAUACAUAUAUAUGUAAGUUAUACGAAGGUGAUUUUUAAAGCAACAUUCACGCAAGCUGAUACGAUGCGGGCACGUUGGAGGAACAUCAAAGCAGCACGCGAUUGGCGUAUAUAGUAAGUGGCGGCAGGGAUUCUUAUGCGGCGCGAAGUGCUGCAGGUCCACUUCAUGUGGUGUGAGGGCAGUCGGCCCGUUUUGCCUACGCGCUGGAUGCGCUAAGUACGUGCAAGUUGAAUUCAUUCAAAAUUUAGGCCACUUAUUGGAAAUUUAAUACUGACUAAAUCACUUAGUCCAUCACUACAGUAUGAAAAUAAAUUUAAAAAAAGUAAUAAAUAUAGUUAAUUAACAUUGUAUACUUAGCGUUAACGAUAAAGAUCACUCAUCAAACAACAACAACAGUUGGAAGCUGCAGAUAAAUCAAUGGAAGAGAUUUUGCAACACAGAAAACAAAAAACAAAAAAAAAAAACAGAACUGCGUUGCUAGAGGGCGACACAUAAUGAACAAAUCGGGGUGAAAACAAGAUAAAAGCAAAAUGUAAAUCAUUUAUUUAAAUCUUAAACCCAAGUAGUUGCAAUUUAUGUACGUAUUGUUGUUGUGGUUCAACCGAAAUUAGUAAGUGGGGGGCAUCAACUUAUGAUUAUUACAUAUAAAAUAAAUUAUUUUUAUUAAAUUGCACAUAUAUAAAAAUAUAUGUAUAUGGUUUAGCUAUUAUGAAUAUUUAUGUAUUUAGUCAUUGUGCGGACUUUUUAUUUUUGUAUUUUACUUUAAGACCCUGCACCUCUAUGCAAUAUAUGUUUGCAUGUAUGUAUGGGUGUAUGUACAAUGGUACGCUCACUUGUGCUUUGUAUUAUGUGCAAAAUUAAUUAGCAUUUUAAUUUUUUUUUAAUUACUUAUUUAGUUUUAAAGCUAAAGCAAAAGCAAAAGCUAGAAAAAAGCAAAGGCUUGAACAAAAGCAAAAGCUCAAAUGUAAGCAAAUGCGCUCGAACGCAAGAAAGCGCUGAAAUGUAUGCAAGCAAAUGCUGGCAAACAAGCAACAGCUGAACUCAAAGAAAAUUUUUGCAGGCAACAAAAACAAUGUUCGAAACAAAUGUUAUGUUAAUUAAAAAAAAUGUUUUUUUCUAACAAUUCUAGUAAAUACGACAUAAAUAUGUAUGCAUGCAUCCAUGCACUAGAAAAAUCGUAUUCACACAAGUUGCAUUUUGUAUGUUGCUCACAACAAUUUGCUUCUAGUUUUAAUUGACAAAAAAAAAUUAAAAAAAAAAAAAUGAAUUAAUAAAACGGAAACAAUGACACGCAAUUUGCG